AUGCAGGAUAAUGACUCAUUCUCAUCAUUUUACGCCCGACUUAGCGCUCAAACUGCGUUGUGUAAUUGGCCGAUUGAUCAGGAAAGAGCAACAUUGAAAGACUUGUUUAUUGGUCGCAUUCGCGAUGUGGAGGUUCAGAAGCAAUUAAUCAGAGCAAAAGCCAAUCUUGAUGAUACUCUACAACUGGCCUUGGAGAAUGAGAAAGGGGCCAAAACAUCAGAACAAUUUCAGAAAUUGCUCCCACAUAACAACGCUACUUCUAAUACUACAAACUCUAUUCGAGUCAAGCAGGAACCAACUUCGUCAGUACAACAAUUUAAGAGCCAAGGAAAUAGUAGCCGGGGAGGAGGUGUAAACCGUCCUAACCAACGACAAGAUCAAAAUAAACCAUGUUAUUUUUGUGGCAACCCGUUUUCUUUGGAGCAUCGCCGGUCGUGCCCGGCUAGAGAAGCUACUUGCAAUGCCUGCAAAAAGAAGGGUCAUUUUGCUAAGGUGUGUAACACUACGAGACGACGCGUGAACAUGGUACAAAAUGAAGAGAUGGCUACAGACCAAGAGUGUAAUUUAAUUGAAGUUAAUGGUGACAGCGAGCCGGAAUAUGGGGUCAUGGCGAUAGGCGUUGUGCAGAUUAACAAUGUGGAACUUCUAAAGACAGCGGGAGGACAACCAAGGAGCCUCAGUAUACAGUUACGUUCCGGUAACUCUUUCUUCUAUUCUACGGUGGACACUAACAGUCCCGUAUCUUUCUUUAACAAGAAAACGGCGGAUAUACUCAUGAAACGGAUUCCCAACGUUAAAUUUAAGGACAUCGCGAGACACCCUCUAGACGUUACUUAUGUUGACUAUAACAAGAAACCAAUUCAACUGUUUGGUUCUCUGUAA